AUGACCAAGCUCCUCGAGAACAGAAACGCAAUUGUGACAGGUGCUUCUCGUGGUAUCGGUGCUGGCAUUGCAUACGCUCUAGCUAAAAACGGUGCCAAUGUUAUCAUCACCUACGUAGCUUCUGCUAGCAAGGCCGAAGACCUAGCCAAGAAGAUCAUAGCUGAGUUUGGCGUUGAGGCAUACGCCAUCAAGUCUGACGCCAGCCAAUACGAUGCUGCCGAGAAGCUGGUCGCAGAAGCGACAAAGCUUUGGAAGAACAUUGAUAUCAUUGUGAAUAAUGCAGGCAUUGAUGACGAAUGUUUGAUUGAUGACCUCACAGUUGAAGGAUUUCACAAAGUUCUGCAGGUGAACACCGUUUACCCAGUUGAUUUGGUCAAACUCUGUAUUCCAUACUUCCGCGAGAGGCCAAGAGUCAUCAAUAUUUCCAGUGUUUUUGGCAGAACUUCGAACUCAUAUAACGGUGCCUACUCUGCUUCAAAGGCCGCAUUGGAAAAUGUGACCAAAACUCUUGCUAUUGAGUAUGGCCAAAAGUACGGGCUGACAGCUAAUGCUCUGUCUGUUGGUUCAACGGCAACCGAUAUGUGGUACAGCGCUACGCCCGAGAUUCUUGAGACAUUCGAUCCAAUAAUCAAGGCCACUCCUGCCGCGGCAAGAAUUGGACAGCCUGAAGACAUCGCCGACAUUGCUGUCUUCUUAGCCGGAGAGAGUUCAAGAUGGGUUACGGGUUCAACCAUCUGCGCUAAUGGCGGUAUGCUAUUCAUCUGA